AAACCUCCUCAAAAAAAAAAAGCAGAUAGAAUCACGAACCACCUGAAAUGAACAUGAGAGUUUUCUACAAGAGUCUGUUGUUUUUACUGGGGUUUUUCUCAGUUCAGACGAAGACAGUAAGAGAAGUGAAUGUAGCAGCAUGGAGAACAGCUGAUCAGUCAACAACAUAUAGACACUGGUUUGCUCAAAAUGCUCUGGAUGGGUUGGGGUCCACCUGCACUCAUACAGAUGAACAGAGUGACCCGUGGUGGAAGCUGGACCUGAUGAAGACGUACAGCGUGAACAGAGUGACCAUCACUAACAGACCUGACUGCUGUAGCGACAGGAUUAACGGGGCAGAGAUUCGGAUUGGAAACAAUUCUUCAGAUCUCUUCAGCAACCCAGUAUGUGCUGUAGUUUCUUCUAUUCCAGCAGGACCUACCUACAGUUACUCGUGUCGUGGGAUGAAGGGACGUUAUGUUACUGUGAAUAUUCCUGGAGCUUCAAAGAUUCUUACUCUCUGUGAAGUGGGAGUCUAUGUUGUUGGUAAUUUGGCAACAGGAAAAUUCACCACACAGUCGUCAACCUAUAAACUCUGGUUUGCUGAACAGGCCAUUGACUUCAGUCCAGGUUUCAUACAACCAUCAUCAUCGUGUUCCUCAACCGAUAUUCAGACUAACCCAUGGUGGAGAGUGGAUCUGCGUUAUAUUUACAGAGUAAGUAGUGUUGUCAUCACAAACAGACUAGACUGCUGUCCAGAACGAAUAAACGGAACGGAGAUUCGCAUCGGAAACUCUUUGGAGAACAACGGCAACAACAAUCCCAUAUGUGCUGUGAUUUCUAGCAUUCCGGCUGGUGUUUCCUCCACCUACACAUGUAACAAUAUGGAGGGUCGAUACGUGAAUCUGUUCCUUCCUGGAGAUUCAAAGUAUCUUACUCUGUGUGAGGUGAAGGUCUAUGGAGAAGAUCCAUUUUCUCAAGAAGACUCUUGUGAAGAUGAAACUGAAGUUUGAGUCUGUCUGAACCUCCAGCUCCUGUGACAGCUUCAGUCUGCUCUGGCGGAACGAGGGAUUUCUGACAUGAAUAAAGAGAUGAUGAUGAUGUUGGGGGAACCUACACUCUCUUCAGAGCUUUAAUGUUCUUCUUUUAAAUGCUGGAAUUUUCUCCAUCCCUCAAUGUUGAUCACAAUAAAGUUGUCUGUGAAAACUGAAACCAAUGAUUCCUGAUUGCUGCUUUGAAGCCAUUUGUAUUGUAUAAAGUGCAAGUAAUUGACAAUGUGGGGGCAAUGCUAUUUAAGUGAAACUUAUUUAUUUAAAUUUUUUUAUUAAUGUUUUAUGCAAUACUUAUAUUAAUGUAAUUUUUUUUAGAUUUUAAUGUUUUUAAGUUUUAUUUCAGUUAACAUCAUUA